CGCACGUAUCGAAAUGUAUCCAACUUGGCGGCACUCAGUAAGCACGUCAAGCACGUUUUCAAGCUUGUUUGACGGGGGCGCUGGACAAGGCAUCGGUGUUUUGUUGUGUACCAGUCGUUUCUUUACGAGUAGCAUUUGCAGAGGUUCCACCUGUGUGCUAUAAACGCGCACGGCCAUGGCUGGCGAACAGUUGGUCUGCGGUGUGUGCAGUAGCGGCGAGCCCCGCUACCGCUGUCCGCGCUGCUUGACGCGGUACUGCUCGUGCGACUGCUACCGGAAUCACAAACAAGAGGAGGGCCGUUGCCGCGACCCGGACGUACCGGCACCGGCGGAGACUGGCGAAGAGCCCGAGUACAGGUACCCGACGCCGGACACGGUGCCGCCGGAGAGGCUGUGCCGCUUGCGCGAUUCGGAGGCCGUUCGCGAGACUCUGCGCAACCGAAACGUGCGGGCGCUGCUGCGCGAUCUGGACCGGAGCAGGGACCCCACACGCAUGUUGGACUCGCUGAUGCGAGAGCCCAUCUUUGUGGAAUUUGUGAACGCUUGCCUGGACGCCGUUGGCGUCGGGGAAGACUAACGCGUCUGUCGGCACUGCUGCGCGAAACGCUACGUUCAGACAGCUCGCGUUAUGGAUGCACGAACAUGUGUGCUAGUCUGCGGCAAGUUCUGUGAACGACGUUUGUCCGGAGAGAAGAGUGAGGUGCGAUGUGUCGUUCGCAUGUGCUAUUCGCGAACGGGUGUGUGGUGGGCCAGUGCGACUAGGGUGGGUCACUGAUGUGUCUGCGUUGUGACAUGGAAGAGCAUAAAAUAAGCGGCGCACUGGACGAGACGUUUGCAAUGAGCUGAGUCCUGAAUUAACACAGCAAGCUGGGCGAGUUGGUGACCAGGAAUAUGUUCAGCUGAACACGGGAGAACCUGGGGUCUCGAUCCAAGCCAAGAUGAUGCCAUGCUGCGCAUUACGCUGGCCGGUAGCGAUACCACUGUGCAGCAAUGUACGGGGAAUAGGAUUUUUCUUGACCAGCAGUUACCUUCCUGCUGCAGUAGUUGCACGUUUUUAAAUCGUCUUGUAUAUAUCUGGAGUUUCAUCGGAAAUUCCGGUUAUGCGUGGUAGCAUCGAAUUCAAGGUCAAUUUGCUUAUGGAGCAACCAGGUGCGCAGAUUGAAACAAGUAAACUUUGCUGAGGUGCUUUAUUGUCACACCUUGUGGCAGGCUUUCAGGCCAGAAAAUGCUGAAUUGUCUUAAAUAAACAAGUAAAGGAUGUGUCUCACCA